AUGGCAUCAGCUUCUGGUCCUGGAAGGCUUGCCUCUCCUAUUGUUGCAAGUCCAUACACAUCUUCUUCGGAGAACUCAAGUUUCCAGUGUUCAUCUGAUACAAGGAGCAGCUAUAGUAUCAGAAACAAUUCCUAUCAUGUAUCUUGGUGGUUUGAGGAUCUUCUGAGCUUCCUUUCUUGCAAGCUCUUAUUCGACAUCUAUCGAGUGGCUUCAAGUUUGAAAAUUAGCAAACAUUACGAAUCCAUUUUGGAAAAUCUUAUCGGUUUACAACUGGAUCAAGCAACCAUAGAUUUUUUUCUUGUUCCAUCACCACAAAAGAAACUUUACAUGUAUGAUGUGAAUCUAGUACUGAGGCUGGUAAAUGCAUUUCAAAAUGAACAAAGUUGUUGCCAAUCCCUGAUUCGAUUUCGAAAAGUUGCAAGCUUACUUGACUCGUACCUUGUGGAAGUUUCAGCAGAUUACUACUUGAACCCUUCAAAGUUUGCAGCAUUAGUCCUCCUGCUGCCAGAUUCUGCAAGAGAAUCCCAUGAUAGGCUUUUUCAAGCCAUAGACAUUUAUCUACAGGUUCAUGGAGGAAUAUGUGAAGCACCGAAAAUGAGAAUUUGCAGUGCACUUAACUAUGCAAACCUCUCGACCGAUGCAUUGAGACACUUGGCUCGGAACUCGAAAUCUCCGUCAAGAAUAGCUAUACAAGGUUUCCUUAAUCAGCAGUCGAAGCUAGAAAACUUACUUGAAGGCCAAAAAUAUAUUGACACAUUUAGUGGUUUCAUCUCUACCAAGGAAAGUGUCAAAGAGAUAGAGAACAACGAUCAAAUCGUCGUGUAUGCAAAACAAGCCAGCGUUCGGGGGAAAGCCGAACAACUUUAUGUACUGCUGCAAGGAAUGCAAUGCAGGGUAACAGAACUGGAAGAUUUGUGGAAUAAUGCAUGCUCAAAUAAGAAAUAUUUCCCAGAACAAGAUUAUCCAGUCUAG